GUAAUUCCACCGACCCGAAGUGGACAUUUCUGUUUUGUUUUGGAGAAAGAAGAACACCUAAUUGUAGUUAAAAAUGGAUCUAUAUGAUCAACACGAUGAUGGUCCUGGAUUCGUUGGAAUCAAGUUUUGUAAAGAAUGCAAUAACAUGCUGUAUCCAAAGGAAGAUAAAGAGAGCCGAAAUCUUCUGUAUGCUUGCAGAAACUGUGACUACCAACAAAUUGCAGAAAACCCUUGCAUAUAUGUGAACAAAAUCACUCAUGAAGUGGAUGAGCUGACCCAGAUUAUCGGUGAUGUUAUCGCUGACCCUACACUGCCUCGGACAGAUGACCAUCCAUGUCCAAGAUGCGGUCACAAGGAAUCCGUCUUCUUCCAGUCUCACAGUACCCGUGCUGAGGAGGGAAUGCGGCUCUACUAUGUGUGUACUAACAGCCAAUGUAUUCAUCGCUGGACUGAAUGAUCGCUUUGUGGAUAUUUGUAUUGUUCAUUAUUCCUCACAGACAGUUUCAUUUUAGCAUUUGUCAUGUUGUUUUCUAAUCUGUAAUGAUAAUAAUUACAUAAGUUGUGAUUUUUGGUAUUGAAAAUGAGGACUGUCAUUUAAUUGUAAAAUGUGUCCUAUUUUUUACUAUUUUGUUUUAUUGUUUUCAUCACCGAUAGUAGUAAAAUUGAAAUGAAACAAUUUUUGGAAUGGAAAGAAACAAAACAAAUUCCAUUUUCAUUGAGUCAAUUAAAAAAAAAAUACAUGUAAAACGUUUUGUAGUCCUUUUUUGUUGGUGUAUUAAAAUAAAAAUGAAGGUUUUGGUUCCAGAAUGGUAUUCUUGUAGUGAAUUGUUUUUUUUGUGACGAUAUGAUCUGGGCAGUGAAGGAGAGUACAUGUAAUAUCACAAAAGAUCAUAAUGCAUGAAAGGUUGACCAGAGGCUUUAGGGGUCACCUUUUUAUUACAAGUUAUUUUUUAAAACUGUAAGGGCAAUUUCAUGUAAAUAAACAUAUUCUGAUGUAGAAUAAUGAAACUGAA